CUUGCCAAAAUAGCAUGAGAUGUGUUGGCCAUUCCUAUUACGACAGUUGCUUCAGAGUCGGCUUUAGCACUGGAGGACGUGUGUUGGAUCCUUUUCGAAGUUCAUUGGCCCCAGAAAAGGUUGAAGCAUUGAUAUGUGCACAAAACUGGUUAAGAUCAAAACCCCUAAGUUCUGACUCAGAUAUGGUUGAUGAUGCUGAAAGUUAUAAGCUUGAAUCAGAAAUAGCUUUGAAGAACAUCAGCAUUCUCCUUGAGGAUGAUUAGUGAAUUAAAGUUGCAUUCUGCUUGGUGUGGUGGCUGCUGGAUUUUGUUGCUAGGAGCCUAGGCCUGGUGGUCUAGUGAUUUGUUGGCCAAUAGCUUGAAUUUUGUAACUUUUAUUUUUGAUGUAACAAAUUUUUA